AAUUUAUUUUUUUAAAAUUGGUACGUCAAUUUAUGAAACAUAAGAUCCCAUAAGAUAUUAGGUCUAUGUCAUAUUUAUCGUCUAUGAUUUAAUAUAUUAGACAUUUUAGUGUAAUUACGUAGAUUAUUUAUACAAAACUAAAAUUAUGACUUCUGCUAAAGAUGAUGAAGAUUUUUGGUACAGUAGUGAAAAGCGAUCUUUCUGUUUUGAAAAUAAUGAGGUGGAUCAAUUGUUUGGAGUAUCAAAAACUGAUACAGAUAAAUUAUGGGCUGGUAUUUCAAAUACGUCAACAGCAGAAGGAUCUUUAAAAACUUCUACUGAUUAUCAACCACUUAAGCCUAUGUUAUCUAUUAUCUCGGAAAAAACGCUUUCUUGCAUUUUAGCAACAGAUAAAUUACAAAAUCUUCAUCCAGAAACAGCUAUUGUACAACCAGAUAUUACUUAUAGAAAAAUUUUACUUGGCCAACCAUAUUCUUUGGAACAAUAUAAAUCAUUUGCCAGUAAAACUGCCUUAUUAGAUACAGCAAUAAUAAAUGGCGAUGGAAAUGCCAUUUUAAUAAUUAUUUUAUUUCUUACAAAAACUCUUAAAAGAUCUUUAGUUCAAAGGAUAUUGGCAAGAAGACCUGAUGCCGUGAAUGUUUACAUAAGAUAUCUUUCUAUAAGAUUACAAAUAAAUGAAAUUACAGAUAUUUUAACAAUGUUAGGACAAUCAAUGGAUGCUGCUAUGAAGACUUUACAUAUUAUUAUAAAAAAUACUCGAGAUCCUGAUAGAUUAUUAAAUAAACUUCGAAACAGUUAUAAAACACAAUUCUCAACUUUAACUGAAUGUAAAGAAGCCUCAUUUGUACAAUCUUAUAUAAAAUUACUUGAAUGGCAAAUGGCAGUGAAAAAAUUAGAUGGAAAUGAGGACAUUGAAUUAAAUUCAUCUGUUCUUGAUUGUUUAAAACAUGCAUGCAAAGGUCAUUGGAAUUUGUCAGAAAAUACUUUAAUGUCUCCUACAAUUUUAUCUCAACAACAUGAUGUCUCUCCUAGACAAUAUCAAAAAGUUGCAUUAGAAGUUAGAGCAUCAGCUGCUGAAUGGGAUGAUGUUGAUCGAUUACUUUUAACAAAGGGAUGGUUAGGAAGUAAAAAAUUACAAAUUUAUCUUCCUAUUGAAGAUGUACUAAAAAUAUUGCAUAAUAAUAAUGCACCUUCUGAAGUACUUGAGAAAUACUUAAAAUAUGUGGAUAAUAUAGAGAGACGAUUGGAAUUAUCAAAAAAUAUGCAUUGUUUUAGAAUAGCUAUUGAUAUACUUGUACAACAAGCAGAUCGUACUGCAUUGAUGGAAUAUAAAACAAAAUUACAACCACAAUCUGAAGAAUAUUUUUACGCAGAAAGCGCGCUACGAUUACCAUCAGUUAAAUGGAAAAGCUAAAUCUAGUUUUAUUUAUUGUACUGUAUUUAUUAUAUUUAUUACACAAAAAGAUAACCAUACAUUUUUUAAUA